ACGCCUACCCACCUUCCUUCAUUCAUUCUGCGCACACGGCCAGGGCCCUUUGCUGCAACAUUCCAAAAUUUGACAAGUCUCUCCCUGUGUUGAUACACCAAGGUUCAUUACAAGCCCCUGAUCUUUCGACGCGCUUAAUCAUUACCCCAUACUCGCUCUCAACACAUAUCACCGAUUUCUAAUCAAACAAUAAUCAACAUGUCUGGAAAGCUCGAUCAGUCUCUGGACGAAAUCCUCUCCACUCAGCGACGCACAGUUGGCGGUCGGCGCCAGGCCCCGCGACGUUCUACUCGACGACCUACCACGACGGCUCCCGUUGGCGGGGUUCAAAAGACUUCGAAACAGCCUCGUACCGCUGCGAACAAGCAGAUUCCUGCUAAAGCGGCUGGUGGAAAUGGAGAGAGCAAAGUGGUUGUCAGCAACCUACCCAAAGAUGUAAACGAAACCCAGAUUAAGGAGUAUUUUGCCACCUCAGUUGGACCCAUCAAGCGUGUGGAGCUUUCCUAUGGCCCGAAUAGCGUCAGCCGUGGUAUCGCUACCGUCGCCUUUUCCAAGCCGGAUGGUGCCAGCAAGGCCUUUAACGCCUUGAACGGUCUUCUCGUCGACAACAGACCCAUCAAGAUCGAAAUCGUCGUUAGCGCCGCCAAGGCCGCCGAGAUUGCUCCUCCUCCCAAGACGUUGACUGAGCGCAUCUCUCAGCCAAAGGCGCAGCCCAAGUCUGCUGCCAAUGACAAAAAGAAAGAAGCUGCCGGAAAGGCCAGUGGCUCCGGUGCUCGUGGUCGUGGCGGAAAGCGACGUGCAGUCCGUAACAGCCGACCGGCCAAGAAGACGGCUGAGGAACUGGACCAUGAGAUGGCGGAUUACUUCGAAGCUGCGACUGAGAACGCUAACGGUGCAGUCCCUGCUACCACCAACGGCGAUGCCCCCAUGGAGGAUGAGAUUCUAUGAACGAACAGCAGACCGAGCUCGAGUUUGAUGGCGAAUAAUACUUUGGGUCAUCAGCUGCUCGCUUUUCCUCUUCCGUCUUGAAGAAGAUUAUCUCUUUUCUUUUGCUUUUUCCCCCUCGGGCGAGGUUGGUAGUGGCAUGGGAAGGAAGGAAUUUCGUGUCUCCGUAGUGUAGAUGGUAAAUCGGUACCGGUCUAUUUCAUUCCAUUG